AUGCAAAUGAGGAAAAUACCGAGGACCAAAUCGGAGGUAGGUCAAGACCGGAUUAGGACCUGCGGUGGCUGGCUGCGGCCACCUUCCGGACAGGGGAUUACCACUGUUGGGACUCCUAGCCGAUUUAUGCCUGUAUUCAUCGAACCACCCUUGACGAUGAGGAAUACCGAAAGUGAUGAUCGGGGAAGCUUUUCGACCGGAGGCAGCGAGGGUGAAAGAGAUACAAAGCUCAAGUAUGUCAACACCUUCACGCUUCACGGGCUAUUUUUCCCUCCAUUGAAAGACACGCACACAUUCCCUCCUCCUCCAAGAGAGGUUUUUUUCCCCUCUUUGCUGAAUGGCGGGUGAAAUACAAUGGCCUUCCG